CUGCAUUCUAAUUUCAAUAGGUGUAAACCGCUGACUGUUUUUGUGCCCACGUGCUUUUCAAAAUGGCGCCCGKYACUAUCAAAACUUUUUGUUGCCUUCUUUUUCUUUUCCCUCUUGUUCUUGCAGCACAGAGGCAGCACAAUACACUCAACAUGCCUCAAAUUCUSCUUCCGUAUUUAGCCAUGGGAUCUGUACCGGUGAAUUUCACGUUGAAAGCUGUUGAUGGAUGCUAUACUUGGUCUUCAAAUAGACCCGAGGUAGCAACUGUUACUCCACUGUAUUUGACAGACGACGAUGAAAAUGCUCAGCCAUACGGCAAAAUUUGUUCAAGGUCAGCCGUGGUGACAGUUCAGAGACGAACUCCUGAGAAACAAAUGGCUGAAGUUAUUGCUGCAGAGGAAGUGACCGGUAUCCUAUUGGAGUGUGAUGUGUUUGUUGGUAAGAUUGAAAAGAUUGAAGUCAUUUCUACAAGCAGAGAACUCUUUCUUGGAGAAGCACCAACUGUACUGGAGGUACAAGCUUUUGAUGCUGAAGACAAUAUCUUUUCCUCUCUUGGUGCCUUGUCAUUUACUUGGGACCUCAUUUCUGUGGAAGGUGUUGGUUCAGUGAAUGCCAACUCUGUCAUAAGAAUUGUUCAGUUUGAGGAUGUCACAUAUGAAACUCGGCCAGAGAUUUAUGAUCUUGAGUCAAAGAAUCUCCGUGGGAGUGAAGUCAUUAUUGAGCCCAUCAACACUGGAACAGCCAUUGUGAGAGCAAAGCUACGAGGAGCUGCUUUUGAGGAUGUCCCACCAUCAUCUGUCAAGCUAGUGGUAUUGGACAAGGUUUUAUUAAGACCAGCUCACGACAUGUAUAUUAUGGCUUAUACAUGUGUAUCUUAUACCGUGGUUAGACUUCGCCAAGGACAAGUGACAGAACUCACAAUGCCUUCUUCACAAUUCAAAUUCGAAUUGUCUAAUGAUUCAACGACAUACUUGGACGUCAAAAAGUCAAGAGUGACAGGAAUAAAGGAAGGAUUCACCAAACUAACACUUGUUGAUAAAAAUAUGGUUCACAUUGAAGCCAGUCAUCAACCCUCAGCRGCAAUAUAUGUUGUAGAGCCAGUGUAYCUUGGMUUUAGCAUUGUGAGUGACAGCAAUUGGGUUCUUGAGGUUGGUAAAGAAUAUGCUGUCACUGUCCAAUUGUAUGAUAAAAACAAUCACAAGAUACUUAUGGCUGAGAACAUUGAAAUYCAAGCAUCAUUCAGUUCAUCAUUCUUUGAAGUACUUUGGUCUUCACAAAACGGCAGUUAUCAUAUUGUAAGGACAGUAAAGAAAGGAAGUAUUGUUGUUAAAGCAGUUUUUACAAGCAUCAAAGAAGGCUUGUGUACUUUCCCUGACGGCAAAAGUAAAACACUCACCCUAGAAACACCRAUAUCUGGACAACAAGACUUGGAAAUCUUUGAUCCUGUUGUUAUCAUUCCUGAAGAGCUUGUGUUUCCAUGGCAUCCUAGUUCUGGUGUUAGAGGAGCACACCAGUACAACUAUCAGCUCAAGGCUAUGGGUGGUAGUGGCUCAUACAUAUGGACAUCAUUCAAUGCAUCAGUGGCAUCUGUCAAUAAUAAAGGUGUUGUCAUGACAACCACUAAUAUUGGACACACCCAAAUCAAGGCCGCAGAUACUAGGAAUGUGGAUCACUUUGGAACUAUGGAGGUUUAUGUCUUGCCUCCGACCAAGAUGAAUUUCAUUCCUUCAAAAGUCGAAACAGAAGUUGGAACUGAGCUUCUCCUUCCUUUGGUUGUGGCUGCUCCUACACAUAAAGGUUCUCAGGAGCUGCAUGUUUUCUCUGAUUGCAAAGCACUGGCACUAUCUUUUAGUUUAUCAGAUCCUUCUGUUUUCAAUGUUAUUGAAGGAAAUGAUAAUUAUGAGAUUGUACCCAACAGUUGCAUGUCUGUCAGGCUKGAGGCCCUGCGACCAGGAUUCAGUAUACUAACAGUUACUUACCAGUAUAAGGACAUACAACUCAAGGCGGCCAUUACGGUUGGAGCUUAUCUACCUUUACAAGUAUUAGAUCCAAGUUCAAUAGCAGUUGUCACAGUUGGGUCUAUAAAGAAUAUUAUGCUUGGUGGAGGACCUCUUCCAUGGAUACUAGACACUUCUGGUUACUAUGAAAACAUUGAUGCAGAGAGGAAAGAAUUGGUUGAAAUACAUAAUGGACACACAAUGGACUACUUUGUUGAGUCUUCAGGAAGUUUCCACUUCUUCAAUGUUUUGUGUCAUGAGCUUGGUGAACAGGUCCUUACUGUCAGUAUUGGAAACCGUCCCACUGCAAAGAAUAUUUAUCCAGCUUCAGCUACUGCUAAAAUAAGGUAUGCCUGUAUGCUGCCAUCUUCCCUGACUAUCGUACCUGACAUCAGACUUCCUAUUGUGGAUGGAAGGCAACUAUCACCUGAAAACUGUGUCAGCUCCAAUAAAGAGAUCAACGUCAAAAACGACCAAGAUCUWAGACUUCUUCUGAAUGUUCGAGAUGAAAAUGGUCGCUUGUUUGAUAACUUUACUUCACUGUACAUUUCAUGGUCAAGUAGUGAYAAAAGACUGGCUUCWUUUGUUGGUCCUUCAAAGUCAGUUAAAAUGAUGUUUAUUAGAGAAGGAGARAAUGAAGAUGUUAGAAAAUCUGUUUCAUACCAAACAGUUCACCUCAGUGAAAGGAUGGGUGGUGUUGUUAUCAAAGCAACCAUAGAUGGAUAUGACUGUGCUGUCCUCAGAAAAUGCCAUAUGGAGUUGGAGAUUCCAUCAAAAAUCCGUCUUAGUGGACAUCUCAAGCUGUUACUUGUCCCUGAAAGGACCUUGGUGCCUCCCUCUGCAUCCAUGUUGAACCACCCUGACAAUAAAGUAACAUUUCACAUCCAUGGUGGGUCAGGACACUUCUCUGUGAAGGGAAGUGAUGGCUCCAUUGGUGCUGUUACAUACAAUGGCAAACGAGAUAUUGUGGUCAGUCCCAGGAAUGARGGUCUUCUCAAUGUGGUGGUGUAUGAUCUAUGUCUAGAUUCUCCUCACCCUGCAACUCUUAGYAUUCAAGUAUCUGAUAUACAUAGUGUUGAAGUAACCGUGGCUAAUAAGAUUGAAUUAGGAUCUACUACACCCCUCAAAGUCAGGCUUCUUGAUAUGUUUGGUGUGCCGUUACUACUAGGCAGUUAUAGCUUCAUGAGGCUAGCGCCACAAAUAACACCUAACAUCUUAACCCUCAGACAAGAWACARAUCCAAGAAGGGACAGUACSAAYGUAGAAGUGUCCUACUUUACAGUACAAGGCAUGGCUCUGGGUACAGCAAGUUUAACYUUCACUGCAACUUCUAUAACUGGACGAUCAGCAACCAGUAAUGCCAAAGAUAUCCAAGUCUUCCCCCCUCUGAGACUGGACCCUAGAGUAGUGGUUUUGAUACGCGGUGCAACUUUCCAGGUCCGUGCCACAGGAGGCCCAACACCACAGUCAACAACAUCAUUUAUCAUGGGUAACGAGACUGUUGCAUCUGUUAGCAGCAUUGGUCUCAUUGAAGCCAAAGAACUUGGCGUGUCCAAUCUGACAGGAGCAGUACAGACAUCUGACAUURAACAGACCAUCAUAUAUUCCAAGGAUGUUAUCAUGGUCCAUGUGGUAGAGUUAGCUGGAAUACGCAUAUCAUCCAUCUCCACCAACCUUAUGACAGGMACCAAGAUCAGUUUAUAUGCCACCGGAUACAACCAGGAAACUCCAUUUUCCUUUGCUAAUGCAGUACCUGGUCUAAACUUUAUCUGGAAAUCAAGUAAUCCUGAUGUCUGCCAGCUCAUGUCAACUUAUCAUAAGAGUGGCAUAUCAGUUGAAAGUGAGCGUGAUUUCCACAUUCAACUUCACUGUACCAACCCAGGACAAACAACUAUCAGUCUCUCACUGGAAGUACAGGAUAAAUAYGCAGGACAAGUCAAGGAUAGAGCAAUGUUGAGAGAUGAAGUCACAUUCCAGCUUGGUACUGGUGUUCCUAUUCAAGUUCCUAUUGAACAUCUUGAUAAUGGCGAAGGCAUAGAAAAAACYCUGAUUUUCCACAGAGCAUGUUGGCAUAAGAAAUGUUUUGCUAGAUGUAAUACGCUGAAAUUACAAAGAGCCCAAAAGAGAAAGCGAGACCAUGAAGAGGACAAUGACAUAAGUCGUGAUGAGGAGCAAGUACAAAGUCCAGUCAAAAGAAGAUCUAGAGAUCGAAUUCAAGUAACAACUGUAAUAAAAUGCUUCUUUUGUGACUCAGAGACAGGAAAUCUGCAUCGAGCCUCGUCAUUAGAUCUUGAUAGGAAUGUGAAAAACGCAGCUUCUAAGUUAAAUGACUGGAAAUUGUUGGCAAAACUGGCAACCGGCGAUAUGCAUGCUAUUGAUGCUUACUAUCACAAGGACUGUCAUACAUCACUGUUUAAUCGUUUGAGGAGCGUUCAGGAAUCUCAGAGCAGUUCURCGGAUAAGAACGAAAAAGAAAUCCCAGCAGAAUCUGUAGCUCUCUCAGAACUAGUUCUAUAYAUUCUAGAAGCUACGGAGAAAGGCGAAGCUGCUUAUUUUAAGCUUUCUCAAUUGGCAAARAUGUAUGCGUCAAGUCUCGCACGGCUAGGUGAAUCAGUACCAGAAAGAGUGAACACUACAAGAUUAAAAGAAAGGCUUUUAAAUCAGCUUCCAAAGCUCCAGGUUUGUAAUGAUGGCAGAGACGUAAGAUWGGCAUUUCCUGGUGACAUCGGGGCAGCUAUAGAUUUCAUGCACUCCACAAGCUAUGAUGAUACGGCUAUGCAUUUGGCUAAAGCAGCUCACUUGGUGAGGAAGGAUAUGCUUUCUAAAGAUCAAAGUUUUACUGGUUCAUUUGAACCCAAUUGCCAGGUAGCAUCCAUUCCUGAUACCCUUUUGCGUCAUGUUAGUAUGAUACUUGAAGGACCAAAGGCUGGAAACAACCCAGAUGAACCAGCAUCAAUUGCAUCUGCUGCGUUAUCACAGCUUCUAAUCUAUAACUCGAUCAAGCAUGCUAGAACACAAAAAAGUAGUACAACUCGUCGUCAUGAUACCGCAAGAGAGUCGCCGAUAGCAAUUUACAUUGCUCUGGUUAUCCAUGCCGAAACCAGGAAAAGGACUCUAAUUGAUAAGCUCCACAAGCUGGGAUUAUGCAUAUCAUAUGAUAGAGUGUUACAGAUCUCAGCAAACCUGGGUAACAACGUUUGUAAACAGUUUGAGCAAGAAGGAUUAGUUUGCCCUCCAAAACUGAAGAAAGGCCUAUUCACUACAGGCGCAGCGGACAACAUUGAUCACAAUCCGAGUGCAAGAACAGCUAAAGAUUCUUUUCAUGGAACCGCAAUCACUCUAACACAGCAUCCUGAGUGUAAUUCUACAGGAGUUGAAAGACAUCCAGUGUAUCUAGAUCCAAACUCCCCAAAGACGAAGACUGUGUCUGAGUUACCUGAGAGCUAUACGAACAUUGCUCCUGUCUUCGAAGAGGCUAAAAAGGAUGUAUUUGUUCCUAAAACCGGCAGAGAAUGUAAACCAUCACAAGACAAGAUUACUGAGAGCAUGAAGGGUGAAUUCUCCUGGCUUGACAAGGUAGAGCAGCUUCUAGAACAAGAAAAGCUUGAAGAAAAGCAGUAUUUGUCUUGGUCAGCUCACUUUGCAGCUCUUCAGAAAAAUGCAUUAAGACCACGAGCGAUAACAUCCUUGCUUCCGCUGUUCGAAGAAAAAGCAAGUACAUCAGCAAUGAUACAGCAUUCGAUGAAAAUAGUGAAAGAUUCUACUCAAUUUUUAAAUCCAGAUCAAGUGCCCGUAAUCGCAAUGGAUCAGCCUUUGUAUGCUAUAGCUAAGCAAAUCCAAUGGAGCAAGUCUGAGCAGUUUGGAGAAGACAAAUACUUAGUUAUGAUGGGGGCACUACACAUCGAGAUGGCUUCUCUUAAGAUGAUAGGUCAUUGGUUACGCAAUAGCGGUUGGACCAGUGCUUUAGUCCAAGCCGACAUUACGACUGGGGGUCGAGCUGAUGCAGUUUUGAAAGCCAGUCACAUCACCAGAGCACGCUACGCUCAUCAAGUGAGUGCUUGUGCUUUAAAUGUUUUGCGUAAAAAAGCAUUUGAGGAAGACAAAAAGAAACCAAGUGACCCGUGGGAGAAAGACUUUGAGGAGUGGGUCCAGGCCAGAAAAAUAGCGCAUCCACAGUUUAUGUACUGGUCUUUGGCUCUGGAAUUGGAACUGCUUGUUUUGGAAUUCGUCAGAUCAMUCAGAGAAGGAAACUUUCCCGUCUACGUACAAGUACUUGGUAAACUUAUUCCCUGGAUGUUCGUGUUAGACCUAUCAAAUUACUCUAGAUGGCUGCCUGUGCACAUAAGAGAUUUGCUGGAACUGRAAAGAAAACAUCCCACCUUGCAUGCUGAGUUUCUUAAAGGACUGUUUGUAGUCCAGAAGACAGAGCACCGAUUUUCUAUGAUUGCUCUUGACCAGAACCACGAACAGGAAAAUGAAAUAAUCAAGGGUGAUGGUGGCGCAGUUGGCUUGACAGAGAACGAAGCAGCUCUAAGACGAUGGAUGGUUGCGGGACCAGAGGUGGCAAGAGUUGUUAAGGAAUUUGAAGUGUCAUUUGAAGCGAAAAAAGCUACCAGCACCGAGCACCAUGAACARACACUUUCAAUUCAGAAGAGCUUUUCCAAAGAUGUGACAUCACUUGUUAAUGUAAUCGAAGAGUAUGGGAACCCUUUUCUUGAAAAAAGUAAAGAUCUGAUUGUUCUUGACACUAAAGAAAUCAUGCCAGAACAGGUACGAAAAUCAGUGUAUGAAGCCAAAGAYCAAGGCGAAGCUCUUUAUAACAAGUUUGUAAAGGAGCGGCUAGAAAAGUGUACCACUGCACUGUCGGAUACCAUUCCUCGUACCAAUUUGUCUCUGUUUGGGACCUAUCAAGAAACUACUCCUGGCAAAAUGAAGUCAAAGGUUGCCUCUCUGAAGAGUGACUGUAACCUUUUUGCUAGGUUGUACAUAGCGUGCCAGUCCAGAGAAGGAAACUUACAAGAGUUUUUCAAGCAUGAAAAUAGUAGUUGUCCACCAUCCCUUUCGUGCGACAAUAAGAUGCGCAGUGGUCAGAAAUCAGACCUGAUAGGCUGUUUGCCAGUUACGGCGACAUCAGUAAAACCAGUUGUAGAUGUCAUAGUUCUUGAUGCUGCGGCAGUUGUGAACAUGCUUCCUCCAGGAAAGUCCAAAACAUUCAAGGAUUAUGCCACUCUUGUUUUUCUUCCCUACUUAUCAAAGCAAGCGCAAAGCGUGAAACGUGUAGACCUAGUGUUUGAUCGAUAUCUACCCAACAGUUUGAAGCAAUCCGCCAGAUUAGCAAGAGGUACAGGUGCAAGAAGACGAGUAUGCGAAAAUGCACCAGUUCCGUGUAACUGGAAAGUGUUUCUACGUUCAGAUGAGAACAAAACAGAGCUGUUCCAUUUCUUAGCCGAGUGUGCAUCAUCAAUGGAAACACAGAACGUAGCCAUCAUAAGUACCUUGGAUGACGAGAUAACAAGCUCGAAUCAAAUGGACAAAACAGGACUUGUACCAUCCAACCAUGAAGAAGCCGACUCACGAAUGCUACUACAUGUAAAGCAUGCAUCACUACAAGGCCACAAUAGAGUCAUGAUAAGAACUGUUGAUACGGAUGUAGUGGUUUUGGCCAUUUCAUUUUUUCAUAAACUGGAACUUCGUGAGCUGUGGAUCUUGUUUGGUGUUGGAAAGCAUCUGCGCUAUUUACCUAUCCACAGCAUCAUGCAGAAGCYAGAGCUAACAGAGAUGCAAUGUGAGGCCUUACCAUUUUUUCAUGCGCUCACUGGCUGUGACAGUGUUUCAUUUUUUGCAAACAUAGGCAAGAAAACGGCAUUUCACGCUUGGAAGUGCUUUCCUGAAGCAACACCGGUGUUUAGAUCCUUAUCCUCUCCAGUCGAGUCAGUAACUGAAGAUCAAGUCAGAAUCCUGGAACGUUUCGUUAUAACAAUGUAUAGCAGCACCUGCCCACAUGAAAAUAUUGAUGAAGCAAGGCAAUCUAUAUUUUCACAGGGCACAAAGACCAUCCAGCACAUACCUCCAACGAAGGCGGCAUUGAAACAACAUUUAAAAAGAGCUGUUUAUCAAGCAGGGCAUGUAUGGGGCCAAUCUCUGGUACCUUUGCAGGAGCUACCAAGUCCAUCUCAAUGGGGUUGGCAAAGUAUGCCAAAUGGAUGGGAGCCAUUGUGGACAACACUUCCCGAGGCAUCCAAGAUCUGUAAUGAACUUAUUCAAUGUGGAUGCAAGAAAGCAUGCCGAGGUCUUUACAAACAAUUUAAACAACAACCUGAGACAAGUAGCGAACRACCUGAGAUAACAAGAAGCGAACAACCUGAGAUAACAAGUACCGAAAAAUCUGAGAGAGCAACUGGUAAACUCCAUUCAUUUCCUCUUGGGAUGAAUGCCUUGUUUAGAGUUGUGCUACACGACAACAUUGGAAGGGAGUUUCACUCUACUGGAAUACCACUCAAAUACCGGUUAAACAGGUUUGAUGCUGUUCACAUUGUUCCUGGUUCAGAGAAUGGUACAUUUUAUGCCCGUGCUAUGAAUAUUGGACAAGCUAUAUUUAAGGUCUGGGAUGAAAACUCACCUCUUGUCAAUGAUUAUAUAAGAAUUCGCGUUGAGUAUGGUCUUGCACCAACCAAAGCUACACUACUGUUAGGAAUGGCACAACAAUUUAAGACUACAAUUUGGGCAGAUGGUCACAUUGGCAAAUGGUUUUCAUCCAACCCUGAUGUCAUUACCAUUGACUCAAACACAGGCAUUGCCAUUGCACURUCUUCAGGGUCAGCUACAGUACAAUACAAGAUACCAGAACACUUUUCAGCUCAAACAGAAGUCAAAGUAGAAAGUMUUUCACAAAUACAAGUCAACUAUGACCAGUCAAAGAUUAUCACAAACAUUCCCCUUAAGGGUGAUUUGGGGUAUAUUGUUCCUGUUACCCUUAGCAAUGAUUAUAUGUCGUCAAGCAAUGCUGACAACUUGGUUGCUAUGGAGGGAGUGAUGCUAUUUGAAAGCCUUGGUUCACUGACACAGCGUGUGAUAUCAUGUGUUUUAAGGUUUAGUUAUGAAAUGCAAGGGUCACUUAGAGCGAGAGAACUCUUUGAUGUGAAACCAGGUCUUGUGUCAGGUAAACCAAUGUGUUACAUCAUACCUAAAGCAGCUCCGGCCGACAUAACUCUAUUUGCAAGUACMUUGGACAGCGAGUUGAAUCUUAUUGUCAAGGUSCAUGACGAGGUUCAUGAUGAUGACGUGUCAUCGCAUGCAGUUUCAUUGCCGUUUCUACCAGCAUUUWCACUAAGUGUACAUGAAGUGCAUCUUACUGGGGAGGAUGARAGYAAYGGCAAGACWGURGCUGUUAUUGGUGUGCCAAGACAACUGAAAUCUUUGAUGGUCAAACCACAUGAUAAAUCUGUUGUACUGGUAUCACAGCUUCCUUCACAAGAAGACAAUCAAGUUUUAUACAAAAUCAUGGUCACUAAKAACCAGGAAUCUUUCCAGGAACAUCCUGUAGAAUUCCUUAGCAUGUUGACUGGACAAAAAAGCAUUCUCCAUGUAUCCUACAAAAGAUCUGGCGCAAUCCCACCCAUCAUUGCAUACCAACCUUCGUGCCCCAACCCUGCAGAUCCYCGAUGUCCAAAGGCUGAGAAAGAAGUUCAUUGGAGAAGGCUGUUUUUGUCUUUACUUGGSGAAACAAGUGCUUGGUUUAUUGGUUUCUCUAUCAUCAUUGCUCUCAUUAUUGUUUUAUUCAUUAUAUGCUGCACAGAAAGAACAAGAAGCUCUCCUCCUGUACAGGCACCAUUUUCACCUUAUGCCCCUGGGAGCCCCUACCCAGGAAGUCCCAUGGGAACACCAUAUACRGAUGUAGGUCCCUUGUACAGUACUGGGACUCCACAAAGUAUUGACAGCUCAGCUCAGAGGAAGAGCUUCAAGAGGUCUGAAGUAAGGCAUCGUCAUACAAAGACUGCCAUGGAGGAUGAAGAUAGUAGUGUUGUUGGWGGGGGGUCMCCAGGGUCAACAUCACUGGGACGUUAYUCACCUGGGUACCCCAGGGGACUGUAUAGUGUAACACAAUAAUGGACCAACUUUUUCUGGAGUUGUUAAAAAGUGCARCUCAGUAAUAGUGAGUUAAGCUCGGCAGAAAGAUGGCAUAWCAUAAUCUUAAUACCCUAAAUUUAGGGCUCUUUGAAAUGUAAAACAUUGACCAUUGAUCUCAAAAUGCCAUGCAGGAAUUGUCACACAAUACACUGACAUGUCAURCAAUACACUCKUAUGUCAUGCAAUACAAUGRCAUGUCAAUCAAAACAUGAGCAYGMCAAUCAGGUWUUGAAGUUGUGACAAUCUUCAGACUAUUGUUCGUUAAGUGAUUAUUAUAUAUUCAUCAACUAGGUUUUUUUACUGGCGUGACAAGUGUGUAACGCAAUAUAUGUAUCGGUCGCACAACACACUCAAUGCACAUAAUAUGAUCAAGUAUUUUUCUAUUCCUGUAUCUUUCUCCUAAAGUGUUAUAUUAAGAUAAGUAUUUGAAUCRGUAUUUAUUUAGGCUUUUUUGAAUGUGGAAGUUAAGGUAAUAUUGGAAAAGAUUGGUGUAAAAUUAUAUCUUGUUAAUGUAAUCUUUAAAAAGCUAGUUUUUCACAAUUAAUGUAGAAUUAUCACUAGCUGUGGCUGGUUGUGGGAAGGGUGGACAACACUUCAACUUCACACACUUUUAGUGGUUGUAAUCUAUUAUUAAUGUGUUCUCUGUUAGAUUUAAUAAAUCCUCAAAGAUUCCAGUUCAA